AUGCCGGUACAAGGGAUCAAAGCAGUGACGACUGCGCGGAAUGGUGUAGGUGCCUUCAUCCUGCAGUGCAAGCGCCUCGACUUUCACUACUGCGACUGGGCCGGCAGCUCGCGGGGGAUGGUGGCUUUCCUGAAACACUCCCUACCAUCGUUCGCCAAAGCCAACCCUCAGAUUGAAAUCCGAGUCUCUCCCCGGCCACACAAGCAUCCCGUCAUCAAGGGCCACUAUAUCAAUGGACGCGAAAAGGCCGUCUGCGUGCGCAAUCUCGAGCCCGAGCAAAUCUUCAACAAGGCGAACCUUCUCAAGGAAGCCAGCGGCGAAAAGCUGAAGCGCACCAAGAAACCCGUUUCGAGUAUCAACGAGAGCGUCCGAGGUAUCUGGUCUCCGUACCACGGGGACACCAAGACUGUGUAA